CAAAUUUCUAUAUAACUUAUAAGGAUGGAAAAAUUCCAAUUAUAACAAAAUUUUAGAAAGGUGUGUAGAAUAAUUAAUAUGUUACAACUUUUUUUUGUUCACUAAAUUUCAAUUAUAUAAUGCGCUCAAGUUUCCUAGGCCUUAUUAUUUUGUUGACCUUUGCGACCAACUAUGGACUGGGUUUCAUCUUUGGUGUUCCCAUUAUUGGUCGUAAACUAUUACAAGACUGUUUGUUGUCCGGCGGAAGAGAUAAUAUAUAUUUAAAUGAAGAAAUACCCCAAUCUCUGCCUAGAAUAUAUAUGCACAAGCUUCCUACGGAUGUACAAUUUUUUUCUGUCAGAAAGCCAACCACGGAAUCUGUGUGCAGUUUUGAAAUGCUUUUUCAUCUACCACCCUUGUAUGUGAUAGGUGUAAGAAUUCCAACCACUACUACUAUAAUAUCUACCAGUAAUUUAACGGUAGAAUAUGAUAAGGAUGGACUAACCAUAGUUGUACGAAGAGAAUUACCCGAUGUCGGAAUCUAUAGAAGAUUUAGAUUUAAUGUUAGAAAUUUAGCAAACUCGGCAAUUCUUAAUAUAGAUUUUGAGAUUUCCGACAAAGUUAUCUAAAAUUCACAGUGUGUGUGUACUCUCCAAGUGCUGGAAUAUAUUUCUGAUCAAAUCUAAUGGUUUAAAGAUAGAUUAUGAAUUCACGUAAAUUCCACACCAAAAG